AUGUCACCAUGUCGGUUGGUGUUUGGAAAAGCUUGUCAUCUACCGGUGGAAUUAGAACAUAAGGCCUUUUGGGCUAUGAAGACCCUCAACAUGGACUUGAAAGCUGCAGGAGAGAAAAGAUUGCUACAAUUGAAUGAACUGGAGGAGUUUAGAAAUGAGGCUUACGAGAAUGCGAAGAUCUACAAAGAACGAACAAAGAAGUGGCAUGAACAAAGCUUAGUCAGGAAGGAAUUUCAACCUGGGCAGCAAGUUUUACUUUUCAAUUCAAGGUUGAAAUUGUUUCCUGGUAAGUUAAAGUCAAGGUGGUCAGGACCAUUUACAGUGGUCAAGGCAUUUCCCUAUGGAGCUGUAGUACUGAAAUGUGAAAGCCCUGAGACUUUUAAAGUUAACGGGUAG